AUGACCCGCACUACCAGCGCAUUGGUGGUUGAAUCUGCUGGAGCCGAGCCUCAGCUUGCUCUGGUUACAUUGGACUCGCUUCGAGUAAAUGGGGUACUUGUUGAGAUGUAUGUUACGGGAGUCUGUCAUACAGACCUAGGUUGUAUGGAAGGGUAUUUGCCUGUCCAGUUUCCUAAUGUGUUUGGCCACGAGGGUGCCGGAGUAGUCUUGGAAACGGGAAACGGCGUCACUGACUUAUAA